GCCUGUCUCUUUAAAUGCCACGGGCUGCGCUCCCGCCCGGGAGCCCGGAGCCGGAUCUACAAUCCCGUCCCUCCAGCUCCGGUGCUUGUUGCUCGCCCGGCCCGAGCGGGAGCUGUUGCGCCCGGCUGCGAGGCUGCCGUCUUCUCCUCCUCGCGCCCCACCUCCCCCGAGAGCUGGCUGAGGAGGGGCAGCAGCCCCAGCUGGCGGGAGGAGGCGCAGUGUGAACAGGGAUUGCCCCCCGCCUUCAAGUACUGGGGCGCUACGCAGCCGCGGGGAAAGACAUGCCCCCAGUCUGCUCGCUGCGCUGCCCUCUGCCCAGCUUCGCUGCCGCCCGCGCCGAGAGAGGAGGGACUGCGGAGCCUACACCUUCAAACUCGCCCUAGAAGUCUCGGGGCGCGGCAAGGAGCCCUUUCCCAGGCCCCACGGCCUCCACCUCUCCGCGGGUGGCCUCAGCCCCUGUCCGGGGUCCUGUGCAAAUGACCCUAGACUUGGUUUCGCUUUCUCCCCUCGCGGUGGUGUGAACGUGUGUCCGCAGCGUGAUGGGCAAUCAGGUGGAGAAAUUGACCCACCUAAGUUACAAGGAAGUUCCCACGGCCGACCCGACUGGCGUGGACCGGGACGACGGGCCCCGCAUUGGGGUCUCCUACAUUUUCUCCAAUGACGAUGAGGACGUGGAGCCGCAGCCGCCGCCUCAGGGGCCAGAUGGCGGCGGCUUGCCCGACGGUGGGGACAGGCCGCCGCCGCCCCAGCCGCAGCCCUACGAUCCGCGGCUGCACGAGGUGGAAUGCUCCGUGUUCUACCGGGACGAAUGCAUCUACCAGAAGAGCUUCGCGCCGGGCUCGGCGGCGCUGAGUACCUACACACCCGAGAACCUGCUCAACAAGUGCAAGCCAGGCGAUCUGGUGGAGUUCGUGUCGCAGGCUCAGUACCCGCACUGGGCCGUCUAUGUGGGUAACUUCCAGGUGGUGCACCUGCACCGGCUGGAGGUGAUUAACAGCUUCCUGACUGACGCCAGCCAGGGCCGUCGCGGCCGCGUGGUCAACGAUCUGUACCGCUACAAGCCGCUAAGCCCCAGCGCCGUGGUGCGCAACGCGCUGGCGCACGUGGGCGCCAAGGAGCGCGAGCUGAGCUGGCGCAACUCGGAGAGUUUCGCCGCCUGGUGCCGCUACGGCAAGCGCGAGUUCAAGAUCGGCGGCGAGCUGCGCAUCGGCAAGCAGCCUUACCGGCUGCAGAUUCAGCUGCCGGCGCAGCGCAGCCACACGCUCGAAUUCCAGAGUCUAGAGGACCUGAUCAUGGAGAAGCGACGCAACGACCAGAUCGGGCGCUCGGCCGUGCUGCAGGAGCUCGCCACGCACCUGCACCCGGCGGAGCCGGAGGAGGGCGACAGCAACGUGCCGCGGACUACGCCGCCUCCCGGGCGCCCCCCUGCGCCCAGCUCCGAGGAGGAAGACGGAGAGGCAGUGGCACACUGAUGGGCGAGCGCAGAGCUGCGAAGGGGAACUGUUGGCAGUAGCAGCCGCUGCCCCCUUUCUCCCUCUCUUCCUCCCUCUUUUGCCACCGUCUGGGCCCCAUCUGGGAUUCCUGGGCCCUUUGGAAAAGUGGUGAAAUGCGCGGCCGGCUGUGGACGGGGGAGGAGGAAGGGGACAGAGGGAGCAGGAAUAAGACUGUAGAACUGUUUUGUACUGUGAAUUACGGAUGCUCUUUGAAGGAAAGAAAUAUCGAUUCUAAUGUUCUUCAGAAGUUCUGGCAGGGAUAAGCAGGACAUCGACUGGAACGUAUGCUAAAUGAAAGCAGACAAAUUUCUAUUUUCUUACCUGAGCAAAUAUUUUAUUGAAACUGCUUAUGUAUGUCAAAGGAGCCCACAACUUCAGCUACACAACUUUUUGUAUUGAAAGAACUCAUACUUUUUGUAGCUUUUAUUUCACAUUUAAUUUAAAAUGACUUUUAGCACUAAAAUGCCUAGAUUUUACUCCAGACCUAUAAGGAAAUGUUUAGUUUUUAUGAAAAAUGACAAGUCGAUGGUUAAACUUCUCAUGUCUUUGGUGCUUUGGCCCUAAUAGCACUGGACAACACCACGACCACAUGGAAACAUAUUUUUGGAAGCAAAACUUUAAUUUUAUAUAACGUAUGCUAUGGAGAGCUGAGAAAAUUUAAGGACUACUUCUUUUCUACUUUUUUUUUCUUAAUAAAAUGGAAUCCACUGUGUUGAAGACUCUUGAUAUCAUGUGCUUGUCUAACCAUUUUUUGUUUUAUAAAUUAGAAUAAAAUAUAGUUGUGAUCAUGGUCAUCAGAUGGAUUUGUUUGGAAAGCUACAUCUUAUUUGUGAAAUGUUUUUUAAAUCAGAGUAACUAUAAACUGAUUCAGCUUUUUGUUAGGUUGUUUUGUUCUUGGCUAUGAUACUUGUGACUCAUGAAGAAUUAUGUUAACAAACAGGAUAAAUUCCACAUGCAUUUUAUUUCCCAGUGAGUUAUAUAAACUUUAUUUUUGUUGAAGGUUGUAUGUUAAAUCAAUGUUACAUUCUUAUAUCACUUCUUGAGAAGGAAGUUCCGAUUUGAAAUUGUAUCAUUUCCUUCAAAAUGAAGGGCAGUGCUUAGUUAAAUAAAAGAUUGAUGAUAUCUUUUAAGCCAUUUCCUCUUCACUAUGUCUUAUUAAAAUAAAACCUGUCAAGUUCUUUUGAAAAAAUGCUAUGAGGGUUUCCAAUAAACCAUCUAUUAGAGUUCA